AUGCCCCAUCUCCAUACAUUCAUCAUUGAAGAGCGCGCCUGGGGCCAUUUUCACCACCAGCCGCCGGUUGACACACGUCCCUAUCUUCACAACUUUCUGUCGCGCCUCAAGUUCACAUCGGCUCUGUCAUCGUUGAAACUGUCUACGUCAUGUAACGCCAACCGUGGCCCAUCCUCCAUCCCGUCUUUUUUCACCACCCACUUCGACUCCUUGGAUACCCUUACGACCCUCUCCCUCCAGUACAACUACCUUCGGAAAGACGAAUUCGUGCUCCUGUUGGAGAAGUUGGGCCCGGGUGUACCGUCGUUGACCGACCUGAAGCUGUACGCUUCGUCUUUGACGUUUCCCGAGAGGGAAUGGGAGGACCCACCUUACGCACGCUUUUGGCCUUCGGUGCUGGAGCGAUUCUAUGUACAAAGUUGCUCCAAGUCUCUCUAUCCGCAGAAGAAGCCUUGGUUCCCGUCGCUGGAGAAGUUCACCUGUAUCCUGGGAACGUCAUGGGAGGAAUUUGACGAUCGAGACUUACUCGAGUUCCUGGCCGAUCGCCUUUCCAAACCUUCAGGUUCCUUGCCCAGUCACACUGCGGUGGAUCGGCGUCUGAAGAUGGUGGAUAUCAAGUUUGUUUCCUUCAAGAACAUUGAUGUUUGGGGAGAACUCAAAGCGAGAGGUGUUGACACCAACGGCUUCGAGCUCGCGAUCAUGUAUGGCCAAGAUUCCUUGUGGCACGACGAACAUCUAAUUUGGGGCGACGAUUUGGACGAUUAG